AAAGGCACCAAAUCUUGCUUCUAUUCUUCCUUCUCUGCUCUGCUUUUUCCAAUCAACUUGUUCACUUUUUACCCUCAUUCCUUUCUGUUUGGAUUUCUCAGCAGAUCAAUAAUUGGAUUUCUCAUACAGCUCUAUUCAAAUUAAAGACGGAACCAAUUUUAUUCCUGUUGUAAAAGUAGUUCAUAAUUACUUAAUUAAACAAUAAAUCAAUUCAUUCUGAAAUCUAACUUUUCAUCUUAGAAUCAAAUGAUCCAAAUUCUAUCUGGGUUUUCUUUUUUUUUUUUUUUCCUUUCUUUUCAAUCUAGGAAAGUACAAAACCACUUGCACCAAUUGGGAAUCAAACAACAUAAAGUCACCACCUUCACCGUCGGCCGCCAUUGAAAUCCAACCCUCACAUGCACACAACACUUUUACACAACCAUUUGCCUCACUUUCUUUCUGCCCUUUAUAUAUUACACAACAAAAAUACACGUCGUCUCUUCACUCACACACACACUCUCUCUCUCUCUUUCGCACCUUUUGUUUUUUUCUCCUUUGUUUCCUUUCCUUAUAGGUUCCUUUACUGCACAAUGGCAUCCCAUUUUUCCCAAUCUCCAUUCUACUUUUAUGGUUCACGAUUUGCCUUUCUUCUUCUUCUUCUUCUUCAGCUGAAGACACCUUAUUCGGCUUUGAUAUUGAGCUUCAGGAACCACCAUAACAACAAUCAUCACCAUAACAGUAGACCUGGGUUCCGAGCUAACCAGAGCACCUGUGCAUUGUUUGCAGGCACUUGGGUCCGCGAUGAUUCCUACCCACUUUACCAAUCUUCUGCUUGCCCCAUCAUUGACCCUGAAUUCAACUGUCAAAUGUUCGGUCGACCUGAUUCUGAUUACCUCAAAUAUCGAUGGCAGCCUCUCAAUUGUGAGCUACCCAGGUUCAACGGGCUUGAGUUUCUGUUGAAAAUGAAAGGGAAGACUGUGAUGUUUGUGGGUGAUUCGCUUGGGAGGAAUCAAUGGCAGUCGUUGAUUUGCAUGAUUGCUACAUCAGCACCAAGAACUCAGACCCAGAUGAUUAGAGGAGAUCCUUUCUCCACUUUCAAGUUCCUGGACUACGGCGUUUCAGUGUCAUUUUACAAAGCUCCAUAUCUGGUGGACAUAGAUGUGGUUCAAGGCAAGAGAGUUCUAAGGCUAGAGGAGAUUUCUGGCAAUGGCAAUGCCUGGCGGAACGCUGAUGUGCUGUUAUUCAACACUGGUCACUGGUGGACACAUAAAGGAUCUCUCCAAGGGUGGGAUCUAAUGCAGUUAGAUGGUAAAUAUUACCAAGACAUGGACCGUCUGGUUGCUUUGGAGAAAGGACUAAGAACAUGGGCUUAUUGGGUUGAUAACAACAUUGACACAACCAGAACCACAGUUUUUUUCCAGUCUAUUUCUCCUACACAUUACAACCCAAGUGAAUGGAGUGCUGGGGCAACAACAGCAACAACAAAGAACUGUUAUGGAGAAACAGUACCCUUUAGUGGGACAUCAUACCCCGGAGCCUACCCUGAUCAAAUGAAAGUGAUUAAUGAGGUGAUCAGUGGCAUGAAUUACCCUGCUUAUUUACUGGACAUAACCAUGCUCUCUGAGCUAAGGAAAGAUGGACACCCUUCUAUUUACAGUGGUGACUUGAGCCCCGCACAGAGGGCAAACCCGGACCGUUCUGCCGAUUGUAGCCAUUGGUGUCUCCCUGGAUUGCCUGACACCUGGAACCAAUUACUUUACACUAUUUUGCUCUAUUGAUCUCUUUGUAUGAGUAUCUGUUUCUUUUCUUCUAUCUUUUCUUUCUUUCUUUUCUUAUUGGUUACAGAAAUUUAAGGAGAGAGGAGGGUCAAAAUGGCACCUCCAUUUCUUCUAUUUAUACCUUCAAUCUGGCUAGGAGCAACCCUAGGCGUAGCUUUAUGUUCUCUGUAAGUCUCCACCUCUUGUAACAUAUAUAUAUUGUUUGGUGCCCGAUGCAAGGAAAUUGUUAACUGAUAUCUAUGUUAGGAUAUUCUCAUUAUGGAAUAGAGUGGUCAAUAUUUGUUCUA